AUGGAUCGUAGAUUUGAACAUUUUUUUAAAUCUACAAAACUAGAUACGACUGCUGAUCAAGCACAUCUUUUAGAAAGUCAACAAUUUUACAUACAUAAUGGUGUAGAGGAAUAUUUAGUUGUAGAAAAUAACGUUAUUAAACGAAUUGCUGCUAAGCACAAUAAUAUAAAACUUUGUGAAUAUACAGUUGAUUUUUUUAAUGUUAAAUAUGCUAGAUACUAUGAGUUUAAAAAUAAAGAUAAUCGUAUUGUUCCUGUUAUUUGUGCCAUGAAUGAGCAAAAUAUUGACAUAUUUGGUAUUAAUGAUCCAUUUCAACAUUCAAUUAAAUUUCCUUUUUUUGUAAAGAAAUAUUUUUUUAUCAAAGCAUGUAUAAUUGUUGUCAGGGAAGACUUUGUUCCUGUUGUUGAUGCAACUGUUCCAAGAUUAUUUUCUAUUAAUGAACCUAAACCAAGAUAUAUACCAUUAGUUUUAAAUUAUCAGAUGAAAAAUAUCUUCAAUGACAUAGAUCAUUUCAUAUGUGAAACAAUGGAUUUUAAUAUUGAAGAUGUUGAUUAUGAAUCAAAUAUGUUACUUUGUUCAACUAAUGAAGGUCUUUUACUUUUACAUACAAGUGAAUUUCACGGUACAGACGAAGAAGGAGAUGGACAAAAAUAUAAUAUUGUUGGAGAAACAACUACAGAAGAAUCGUUAUUCAAGCUUCCAGGAAAUCCUUCUUCAGCAUGUAGUUUGGCUAACUCAUUAGAUGUUGAGAUGAAGCCCGCCAAUGCUUGUUAUUCUCAUAUGUUAACUCCGAAACGGGGUGGAUUUAAUAUGUCGACAAGUUAUAGUUCAAAAGUUUCUCUUUCAGCUCAUAUGACAACAAGAUCAAUGGCAAAAGCACAAAAAAAUGCUGAAUCAACGUUACCAUUGCCUAUUAUUAAUGCAAUAGAAAACACUCCACAAUUUGGUUUAGCUUCAACAUCUGUAACAUAUCAAAGUAGAUUUGAAAAUGCUGAUACUUCAAGAAAUAUGUCAGGUAUUAAUCUCCAAGCGCAUAAAUUAUUUUCAAAACAUAUUUCUAAGUCUGAUAAAGGAGGUUCUUUUAUAAGUAGAGUUAAAAAUGAGCGAUCAAGAAAUCCAUCAGAAGCAAGUUUUAUUGAAAUAAAUAAAUCUCUUCGUGCUACAGCCUUAGAUCAAGACAUUGAUAAUGAUGUUAAGAAAAAAACAUCUAAUGAAGUAAAUAAAUCGACAAAUUAUUUUAAUACAGAAGUAUCAGUAAAACGUUCAAAAUUGUCAGAGAACAAUGAAGGUAAUAAUAAGACAAGGGAAAGUGUUAGAUUUACUGAUUUACCAACAUCAACUUCAGUAGAAAAUAGAACAAGUAAUAUUUCACUUAAUCAUCAUAAUUAUUCUUAUUAUGUUAAACUUUCGAGAACUGAUACAAAUACUGUUGAUGGAUUAAAUGAAACAUUAGCUGAUGUUUUAUCUUGUGAAGGUGAAGGAUACAAGAUCACUGUUAUAGCUUCUUUUGCCAACAAUUCAAAUAAUUUUUUAUCUACUAAAAAGGUACCAAAGAUAUUUUCUUCUAUUGAUCUCGGAGGCCGACAAUACCUUUAUCUCAUGGAUAAAGAAAAUUCAAAAUUAGCUGUAUAUGAGUUAAUACACGUAAUAAAAGGUGAGAAAGAGGAAAAUCAAAUAAAUAUUAAAGAUAUUGGAUUUUUAAUAAAUUGUUUUGAUGCUGUACCAUUAUUAAAUUCAAAUUUUGUUGCAUUACUUCAAAAUACCACAAAAUUAUCCAUUCAUUCUGGAAUUAAUUUUAUUUUUAAUAUACAGUUAAGUAUAUUAUUUGAUGAUGUCAGUGAAGAUAUAAAGCAACCUUGUCAAUUUUUAGCACCAAGAAGAAAAGGAUUUAUUUUGAAAAAUAAUGCAAAUAACACUACUUAUUCGGUAAUAAUGGAUUUUAACUUACCUAGAAAAUUGUUUGAAUGUGUAGCUACAAUAUGCGAAUUUUCUAAAGAUGAUGGUAUUAUUUUUUUCAGUAUCUAUCUUCAUUCAACAAAUUUAUUAAAAGAUCUUGUUUUUCAUUCAUGUGUACAAAUGUUACCAUGUUUAUAUGAAUUUGUUUUAUACUUUCUAUCUGAAUGUGGUUUUGAUGUAGAAUUUUAUAUAAAAACAAGUAAGAUUAAGAAUGAUAUUAAAGAAUUAAACGUUUUUUGGUCUUUACUACAUAAGAAUGAGGCAAACAUAUGUUUUAACAAAAUAAAUAAAACAGAAUCAGAACUAUCCUUAAACCGUACACCUAGAAAAAGUUCAUUUUUGUCAAAUAUUAGUUUUAAUAUGACACAUGAAUCAAAUUCAACAGAUCGUUCAAAAAUUUUAUCAUCAACUCCAAACCGUUCUGGUAAUUCAUUAUUUGCUGAAUUUUUAAGAAAAUCUACACCAACAAAAUUGUCAGGAAAUAAUUCAUUAAUUAAUUUUUCAGUUCAUUCUGGUGUUUUAUCUAAAGAACCAACGUCAUCAACACCUUUUAGAGAAACGGAAAACAAUUUAAGCGCAUUAGCGUUAACACCAAUAUUAUCAUACAAAAAUGAAAAAUAUAAAGUUGAUAAUGAUACAACUAGUAGACUUCAACGAAUAUUUACUGCUUUACAUGUAUUUUAUGAAAGAUCAAGAAUUAAUAGAAAUAAUGAAAUUUUAUGUAAAGUAAUUGGUGAACCUUUGUAUGCAUUUGCAUUAUAUUGUGGUUUACAAGAAUAUAUUCAUACAUAUGAACAAGAUUUUUCUGUUUUUAUUGAGAAUAAACAAAUUUUACAAAAUUCUCUUAUUUCAACUGGAACAGGUGUAUUUGAUAAAGAUUCUAUUUCAAAAAAUUUACCUCUUUCAUGUUCAUUUAGAAGACUUCGUAGUAAGAUGCUAAAAUUGCGGUGUAUUGAAGAUGAACAUAGUAUGUUUGUUGCAGUUCCACCACAAUAUCUUUUAAUUUAUGGAAUGUUAAUAAAAAAAAUUAACAAAGUUAAACAUAUACAAAUGGUUUUUGGAAAUAGAUGGGAACAAGUAUUAAUGAUACCUGAUAAACAUCUUUUUCUAAGAUUAUUUUCAGGAAUAUCUAAUUAUUUGGUCAGAGCAAAAGCAAUUUUUCUUGAGUUAGGGUUAAAUCCUAAUCAUGCACUAGAGUUGCAGUUAUCUUCUUAUCCAGUUUUCAAUAAAAUUCUUAUGAAUUAUUCUUCAUUAUACUUACAAAGAAUAACACUAAAACCUCUUUUUGAAUUUUUAUCAGAAAGUAAUUUUAGAGAUUUUUUACUACAUAGAUUUCCUGAAGAUAUUAGAUAUCAAAAUGUUCUUAAUAUGCUUGAUACUUCAAAACCUGUACUUAUUCAAGUUAGAACCAUCUCAACAAUGUCUGAUUCAGAUAUACGUGAAUAUCAAGAAGAUUUUCUUACUAUUGCUAUGUGUAAAUAUUAUACAAAACCAUUUGGAAAAGCUAUUGUUAAAUUUAGAACUGUUGUUCCUGAUAUAUAUAAUACUUUUACAGUUGAUAAUAUUUGUGUUUCAGGAAAAGUAUUACCUAUGUGGACAACAAUAGAUACUGUGAAUAAUGAAGCUAAUAGACCUUAUACUGAAUGGGGAGAUUUUUAUAAUGGAACGGCACGUGGAUUAGAAAUAUUAUCAGCAGAUAGUUUACAUUUAUCAUCAGAAUUCUUAACAUCUGUUAUAAAUAAUCAAAAUCAAAAAAAUAUGCAUGCUGCAGCAGGUUUAGUUUAUGGUUUAGGAUUAAAUGGUCAUAUUAAUAGACUUAAUCAAUUUGUGUGUCAUGAAAUGUUAACAAGAGGUGAUAAAUUUUUUUCAAUUGCUUUAUUACUAGGAUUUGGUGCUAGUAAUAUUGGAUCAGCUGAUCAAGGAUUAUUUAAAAUUAUGGCAAGUCAUUUAAAAUUUUUAAUGCCACCAACACAAUUAGAAUUAACAAUAGACUCAACCAUUCAAGCUUCAGCUGCAGUUGGAUUAGGUUUGUUAUUCUGUGGAAGAGAAACACAAGAAUUAACUGAUAAGUUUUUAAAACAAAUGUGUAGAGAAAAUUAUGUUGAAAGUGAUAUGAUUUCACAAAGAUAUUCUUUUUCAUUAGCAUGUGGUUUUGCUGUUGGUUUAAUUAAUUUAGGUAAAGGUAAUCAUAAAAAUAGUUUAUCAUUACCUAUUAGUGAUGCUAAACCUUCAAUUGCUCAUAGAUUAUUAAAUAUGUUAAAUGGUGGUGCCAAAGAAAUUGAUAACAGUAGACAAGUUGAUAAAUUUGAUGAUUAUUUUAAUAUGUCUUCAGUACCAGUAGGAACUAGAAAAAGAUUAGAGAAAUCUUCACAAUCAACAACUAAUCAUGUUAGAGAACUUCCAAAUUGUAAUAUACAUUUAACAGCACAUCCAGCUGCUGUAGCACUAGGAUUAGUUUACCUUGAUAGUAAUAUUGAAUGGCUUGAUAAAGCAUUAAGAAUUCCAGAAUCAUUUUAUGAAUUAAAAAAUAUUAAACCUGAUGUUAUAAUGACAAGAACAAUUGCUAGAUUAUUAAUUGGAUUUAGAAAUGUUAAACCAACAAAAGAAUGGGCUGAAAAACAAAUUCCUAUUUCAAUAAGACAAAAAUUUAAAGAUAUUACUGAUUUAAGUAAACGCGGUGAAGAAGAUGAAGAUAUUGUUUAUGUUCAUGCAUAUUUUUAUAUAUAUUGUGGUGCUUUAUUUGUUCAGGGUCUCAAAUUUGCUUCAACAUGGGAUGAAAGAGUUAUUAAAUCAUGUGAACAUAUAUUACCAUAUUUGGAACAUGAAAAUUUAAGAGAUUAUGAAUCUAAUUACAUGGGUGUAUAUACUAAUUUAAAUUUAAGAAUGUUUUAUAGGAUGAUUAUAUUAUCAGUAAUGGCAAUGGUGAAAGCAGGUAGUGGUGAUGUAAAUAUAAUUAGACUAGCAAGGCAUAUGAAAGCAGCUUGUGAAACAGAAAAAAUACAACCAAAUCAUGCUAAUUUCCAACAUAGUAUGUGUAAUAUGGCACUUGGAAUGGUUAUGUUAGGUGGAUCAAGGUAUUGUCUUGGUGAUUCACCAUUAGCGAUAGCAUCACUUUUUAUGGCAUUUUAUCCAGUUUUUCCUAAACAUAUUUAUGAAAAUCGUUUAUACCUUCAACCAUUACGUUUCAUGUGGACAAUAGCUACCGAACCAAGAAUGGUAACAUUUUAUGAUAUACAAACAAAAAAGUAUGUUUCUUUGGAAUAUUUUAUUUGUUUACGUGAUGGAGUAACUAAAAAGAUGAUGUCACCAAGUCAUUUACCAACAAUAUCAUUAAUUAAAAACUUUUACAUUAGUUCAACAGAGUAUAUAUUUCAUGAAGCAUUACAAUUACCAGAUAAGAUAAAUCGUGAAGAAUUAAAAGAACUUUUAACUAAAUUUCAUAAUCGAAUACCUGUUAGUAGGAUAUCAAUACUUGAAUCAUCUCAACAACAAAAUAAAAUGUAUUCAUCUGUUAUUAAUAAUAUAGAUGAAAAGGCAUUAGAUAUUAGAAUGAAUGAGACUAUCAGAGAUUCUACUUCAUUUAAGAUGACAGAAUUUGAGAAAAAUGAAAUAAUUAAAAUGAAAGAUUUUAUGGUUUUAUCAACGAAACAGUUUUCUUCUAAUUUAUUUUUGAAGGAACCUAUAUUUCCUAAAAAACCAAAAUCUGAUGGUGAAGCAUUAAGUUUUGUAGAUUAUAAAAGAGUAUUAUGUAAAGGUGGUAGGGGUGGAAAUGGUAUGGUAUCAUUUUUUAAAGGUUACCGGGUACCUUUUGGUGGUCCAGAUGGUGGUGAUGGAGGUAAUGGAGGACAUGUUAUAUUUAAAGCAAGUAAAAAAACAAAAGAUUUAUCAAAAUUAAAAGGAAUUUAUAAAGCUGGACAUGGUGAGUAUGGAAUGGGUAAAAGUUGUCAUGGUAAGAAUGCAGAACAUAGAAUUAUUCAUGUUCCAUUAAAUACAAUUAUUUGUAAACCAGCAAUAGAAGGAAUAAGUAAAAAAGAAAUAAUAAAAGAAUUAAUUAAUGAUGAGGAAAUAUUUCUUGCAGCUAGAGGUGGUGCAGGAGGACAUGGUAAUCAAUUUUAUGUUUCAAAUGAAGUACGUAAACCAAUAAAAGCUGAAAUUGGUGGAAUGGGAGAAGAAAUAAUGUAUGAUGUAGAGAUGGGAGUUAUGGCAUUUGGUGGUUUUGUUGGAUUUCCAAAUGUUGGUAAAAGUACAUUAUUAAGAUCUAUAUCUAGAGCAAAACCAAAAGUUGCUUCAUAUCCAUUUACUACACUAAAACCACAUAUAGGAAUAGUUGAGUAUGAUGAUUUUACUCAAAUAUCUAUUGCAGAUAUUCCAGGAUUGAUUGAAGGUGCACAUAUGGAUUAUGGUUUAGGUUCAUCAUUUCUUCAACAUAUUAAAAGAUGUUAUUGUUUAAUAUAUGUGAUUGAUGUUAGUCUUGGAAAUUAUGAAUCUCAAUUUGAAAUAUUGAAGAAUGAAUUAAAUAUGUAUAAGAAAGGUUUAACAGAUAAACCUUCAUUAAUUAUUUUAUCAAAAAUGGAUUUAUUACAAGGUCUCAAUAUUCAAAGUAUACAAAAACAAUUUAAUAAUAUUAGGGUGUUUCCAAUAUCAUCAAGAAAUAUGUUAGGUUUAAAAGAAUUUCUGGUUUAUGUGCGUGAAUUAUAUGAUUUCUAUAAUAAUGAUACUUGUAUUUAA